CACACAAUCAAGCUUGGUAUUUGCACUACUGAUAUUUCAUUUUCUACGUUUUGAAAGGAAACCUCUUUUCAAUUAAAUAUAGAAUUAAAUAAAUAAACCAUUACUUGUUAUUAUAAAGAUAAAUAUGAGAGAGUGGGUAGGAAAAGCAUCACAUUCUCCCACUUUACAAACCAUGAAUAUGAAUUCCCCUUUUUCUUCUUCACUUUCUCUUGAACAUCAACUCAACCUCAUCGACAAACUUCAACUGUUCAAGAUCCAAGGCCGUGAUAAACACGGCCACAACAUUCUGCGAGUCAUCGGAAAGUUUUUCCCUGCUCGACUUGUGAGUAGUGAAGCUGUUAACAAGUAUCUAGAAGACAGAGUAUUCCCAAACUUAGAUGAUGAGAAACCAUUCUCAAUGGUGUACAUCCACACAGAUGUUAAUCGGUCUGAAAAUUUUCCCGGAAUCUCAACUCUCCGAUCUAUCUAUGAGGCUAUUCCGGCUCAAGUUAAGGAUAAUCUAGAAGCUGUUUAUUUCGUUCAUCCAGGGAUACAGUCCAGGCUCUUCUUAGCCACCUUUGGUCGGUUCCUUUUCAGCGGAGGCUUGUACCAGAAACUAAACUACGUGAUCCGGAUGGAGUUUCUCUGGGAUUAUGUGAAGAGGAGUGAGAUUGAAAUACCCGAAUUCGUGUGCGAACAUGACGAUGAGCUUGAGUACCGUCCGAUUAUGGAUUAUGGGAUCGAGAGUGAUCACCCCACUGCCAUCACCAUGGUUGACUCUCCUCUCUCCAUCUACUCCAUGCGUUGCAUCGCUUAGAAAAUGGCUUAAACAACCUACCUAUAUAUAUAUAUAUUACUGUAUUCUGAUGUUUUAUGGUGUUGAUAUAGAUAUGGUAGUAUCAGUUUGUGUCUGUAUUAUAUUCUACUAGAAAGAUAAAACAGAGCCUGUCUUCAAGGCCGUUUUAUCUAAUAAAUAUAGUAAUGAAAUUUUCCUUUUUAACCCAUGAAA